UAGCAGCCCUUAUUAGAGUGGCUAUUUGGUGUCAUUUCUACCCCUUUAUAAGUAAGGCCCACACGCAUUAACAGAAGCCCAUUGAAAUAUCUGGAAAACGCAACUCCGGUUUUCUGGUUCCCGCCGAAGAGCAGAAAGAACGGUGAAAAUGGUUGGAAGAAGUUUGUUACCGGGAACUAUCUGCAAAUCACGGCAGCUCAAACAUCUCUUUUCCAAUCCCUUCAUCUUUCAACCUCUCUUAUCCCAUUCCUUACCCCAACAAAGAACCAGUCCUUUUACUGCAAAAUGCAAGGUUUUACUUGGCGGAGUCGCUGUUGGGUCACACCUAAGAGCACCCAAAUGUGAUCUUGGAUGCGUAUAUUUGGGUCGGGGUUUCUGUACGGUUGGCAAAGCUGUGGAAUCAGCUGCUGGUGUUGAAGAGAGUUCUGGAGAAGGUAAAAUCAAAAGGAAGAAAUUGAAGGGAAAAAGACAGGUUGUAAGGUGGUUAAAGUUCUUCAGGUGGAAGAAGAAGAAAGAUUUCCAAAGAAUGACUGCAGAAAACAAAAUUCUUUUCAAAUUGAGCAAGGUACUUCUUGGACCUUAAAUGAUCUAUUAAAUGCAAGGUUGUUGUUCCGGUUGAGAUAUGUAGUUGAAAUCGAGGAUCUAAUACCAAAUGCUCCCUUUUAAUUUUACUCCCAUGUUUCUCCUAAAUUCACUUAGUCCUUUAAUAGCUUCAGUUUACUGUAGUAUUCGUACGGUUUAUCUUAGGAUAUGUUUGAUGGCUAUUUGUUUAAUGGAAGGUGUUCUCUGUGAAGGUCUGAGAGCUUAUUAUUGUGGAGUAUGUAGAACUUGGCUCUAGCAUGUUUAAAAUAUAGUGUUCAGCAUGUGUAUAUUUUCAGGACUUUAACUUGAUAGAACAAUCGUGUACGUAGUAGUAUAGUUGAUAAAUAGUUUCGUGAUUCAAGUUCAUGUUGUAGCAUUAGUAGCAGUAAUAAUUUGAGGUUUAUAAUAUGAUUGUUAUUGCUGUAAUUUUGGGAGUUGCAUAUGAUGUUGUUCCAUGUGAUUGGUGGCCACUUAGGGCCUCAGUAGGGCCUUAAUCCUCGAUACACUCAUGCCAUGGUUU